AUAUCAAAUAUAAUACAAUAUUAUUCGAUUACUACUCAAAUCUUUCAAUAGAACAAGCUCUAGUAAAUUACGAAAUUGAUACUAGUUGCGUAGCGAUCCAACAAUGAAUCCAGCGGACCUAACUGAAGAGCAAAUUGCAGACUUUAAAGAGGCCUUUCUUCUCUUCGAUAAAGAAAAUUCUGGCGUGAUUAACUCUCGGCAAUUGGGAAAUUUAAUGCGAUCACUCGGCCAAAAUCCCACCGAUAUUGAACUGAAGGAUAUGUUGAACGAUGUUGAUGUCACUGGCAAGGAGCAAAUCGACUUUGAUAAAUUCUGUAGCCUCAUGUGCAGACAUGCGCAGGAGAAUGAUUUAGACGAGGAGUUCCGAGAGGCAUUCAUGAUCUUUGACAGGAAUGAGGACGGUUUCAUAUCUCCAGCCGAGCUGCGCUUUGUGAUGGCCAAUUUGGGCGAAAAGUUAACCGACGAGGAGAUUGAUGAUAUGAUACGAGAGGCCGACUUCGAUGGCGAUGGCAAAAUCGACUACGAAGAGUUCAUCUAUAUGAUAUCACCGAAAUAACAGCUGCCCUGCGGAAUAUUUCUUUCUCAGAUGAUACAUUCGUUCCCAAUUAGGCAGUCUCAAAUGAAAGCACUAAGUAAAUUAACUGAACCGAA